AAGCACUUCAAUCUGACACUUUUAUUCACCUCAAAAAAAUUAAAAAAAAAAAAGUCAGGAUUUAAAAAGUUUUAUUUCCAGAUAAUGGUCCAAAAUUCCAUUGAUUAAUAAUGCUGUUGCCCUUAAACAACUUAAAGCCCGUUGAAAGCGAGGUCAACCCGAAAGUAACGCUUCUGAAACGCCAGAUCGCAGAGGAUGGAACUAAAACACAGGCGCUGUUGCUUCAAGCGUUCCGCUUCGAGUUGUCUAAUGACGCCAGCGCAUAUCCGCUUCUCCAGGAUCAGUUCCAGCGGCAGACAGUCGGCAGGAGGCGUUAAGUCCGUCUCGUCAUCAUCAGACCCACCCAAAACACCUAAUAGCAUCGAGAAACCAAAAAAAUCCAGGGGAUUCCUCGCCUUUUUGUUUGGCAAACGGGAUCAGAAGGUGAAGAAUCGGAGUGGGAUAAAUGAAAAUCAUGGCCCAUUGGAGGAUCAGGAUAUUAGGAAGCUUAUACUUCUUUACUGCAAGCAUGAUAGCCUAUACAACCGAAGUAAUAGCUACUAUGGUAACGAGAAAGUCGACGAGGACUGCUACAAUGAUAUGGUGCGCUCAUUUCCGGGAAGGAGCGGCUCGGAGUUGAGAUCCUGCUUGGAGGACCUAAGGAUGCUCUUUGAGCGGGAGUACACCAUUAUCCAAGAUGCCCGAAGGAAAUGUGGAGAGAUAAUGACUCCUUCAAUCCGCUACUAUAAUGAAUUUCUUUUCCUGGUGCCCCAUCUUAGUUUUGAUUUCGACAAUGAUCUUUCGGGCACUGGAAGCAGUUUACAUUCCGCCGCAAAACAGCCUCCAAUGGAUUUGAAAAAUCUGGCUACCGCGGAGAUGUUGGGCAAAAAGUUGACAAAUUUUCCGGGUUUCCCUUUGGCCGGUUUCCCCGGAAACCUACUACUAAAGAUUCCCAAAAAAGACCCCAAGAAACGGCAAAACCAGAAGAUCCAACCAAUUACGAAGAAAGAAGAUCCCAAAGAGCAGGAGAUUCAGGAGACAGAAAAUGUUCCUGAUCAGAACGAUCCGGUAGAGGAGAAAAUCGGCGGGUUGGAGGAUCAGGAUCAGAAAGUCACAUUCUCACCAUCGGAGCAAAAGGACAUACAAAACAGUGAGGAAGGGAUCAGUCUUCAUAAAUCCAGCUCCAAGAUUUCUAGGCAAUCUUCAUACUACGCCAAUGAGCAGGAUUUAGGAACCACCGAAUUGACCUGUCCCUGCAAACCAGAAACUGAAGUGGAAUCCUCUCAGCAACCAGUUUCCUGCCCUUGGAGACCCGGAAAUUCACCUUGUGUACUCCAGUGCCGGGAAACUGUAUUAGAAACUACUCAAAAUUCCAUAUCCUGCCCGCAAAAUUCAGUUAUCUCGGAAUUAACCAAUGAAGCAGCACACUUGGUGGAGAAGAUACCUUCAGGUCAGGAGUCCGCGAAUAGCCAGCAGGUGCAGAUGCUUUGCGACAUGAUACGUACCGAGCUAACCACUGCUCCAGAUUUCAUAUACUUCGAUGCCAAGUGGCGGAUCAUCGAGAUUCUGAGGGAGGUGCACAAGCGUCAAUUGGCUCACCAGAAGACCAUUCCGCUGAACAAUCCACGUCGACCGAUUCCGCCCCAAAAACGAAAUCCGAACGAGCAAAAUCUGAUGCAUAAGCAUCAGAAGUACAAGUCGGACAGGAGUUCCCACGAAAAGGGACGAUCGGGGAUCACCAUGGAUGUGGACGAUCUGAUCAGCAGCUCCAAACUGCUCAAGCAUUGGCCUAGUUUUCUAAUCAGUUUGGGGCUGAUUUGGAUCCUUAGAAGAUUGUUUUUUCAAGGGAAGAGCGGUCCAAAAAGAUACAAUUUAGAUGAAGAUGUCGAGGAAGACUUAGCAGAUCUUGAUGAUGAACUGCAGCCAUCUCUGGAGGAGAAGCCCCAUGUGCCCUUCGUUCCCGGCCAGAAUCUCAAUCCAAAUGGAGCCAAGCGAUUAUACGAACUAAUGCAAGGACGCCGAAGCAUUCGCUCAUUUAGUAGUCAUCCCAAGCCGGAUCUCAGUAUUAUAGAGGAUUGUAUUCGGGCGGCAGGAACAGCUCCCAGUGGCGCACACACAGAACCCUGGACGUACUGCGUCGUAAAUGACCCGGAACUAAAGCGAUCCAUUCGCGAAAUUGUGGAGCAGGAGGAGCUGAUCAACUACAGCCAGCGAAUGCAUCCGCAGUGGGUCACCGACCUGCGACCCCUGCAAACCAAUCAUGUCAAGGAGUAUCUCACCGAGGCGCCAUACCUCAUACUGAUCUUCAAGCAGACCUAUGGAUUAUCGGAGAAUGGGAAGCGAAGGAGGCACUACUACAACGAGAUAUCCACUUCGAUUGCGGCCGGGAUCCUUUUGUGUGCCCUUCAAGCGGCAGGACUCUCCUCCCUGGUCACCACUCCUCUGAACUGCGGUCCAGCCUUGAGAACCCUGCUUGGUCGACCCACCAAUGAAAAAUUACUUAUUCUACUGCCCGUUGGCUAUCCAAAAGAUGGAUGCACAGUUCCCGACUUGGCGAGGAAGAAUUUGUCAGAUAUUAUGGUUACUUUUUAAGGUUUAUUUACGUCCGUGCAGCUUAAAAAAUAGUUCAAUAAAUCCCAACAGAAAUUAAUGGUA